CAUCGAUCGAGGCUCACGUUCCAUCCACUCCCCGAAAUUCUCGAUUGUUUCACUAGUCGCGAUUACCGGUACGUUACGUACGGGAGAAAGAAAAAGGGAUAGGCAAGGAGGGAGAGAGAGAAAAAGAAGCGAGAAAAAAACAAAAAAGAAAGAGGGAUAGAGAAACACUGCGGAAUCAUUCUUAAUGAGGCGAUCGUAAAUCGUGACAGUGCGAUGACACCUGUGCUUUGCCGAGAGGAACCGACCGACGGAACUGCGGUUGCGGGGGUGUUUCUCCACGGUGCACCAUAGGAAUUUUAUGUAACAACCGGAAGACGUCGGUUUGUUGCCAUUGACUUCAUACCUGAUAAGCUAGACAAUGUUUAAACGUUUGUCGAAAUCGAGGCGUCACAGCGUCGACGAUGUUGCUCUAUCCAUGUCAACGCCUGUUGUCCUGGACGAGUCAUCAGGAACUUCGAUGCCACGGGAGAGCAGUCCAGAUCCGAGCACCACCGUCUCACUGAGGAUCUCCAGGAGCAAGUAUACCCGCAGAAGCUGUGGCGAUGUGGCGGCGAUGCAAACCUUGCUCGGACCGAAACAAAACGACGAGCAGAAUGUCAUCGAAGCCGACUAUCAAAUGGUCACCGCUAUGCCAGCUUUCAUCGUAGAGCACGAUCCAGGAAAGCAACGAGCAUCAGGUCUCGGGAUUUGGGGUCGUCGGAUGAGCAAGAAGAUUGAUUCGUUUCGGCAGGGCAAAUCUCGUGAAGCUGUUUGCUUUGUCACGGAAAAACCCGACAAAGUGGAUCAUAGCGCCGCCAAUAAAAACAAUAACAAUAAUAUCAAUAACAACGAUACCAGUACUAAUAAUAAUAACAACGACAUCAACGUCCAACAGUCAAGCAAGCUGCAUCUGGACGAGAAAUUUAAUAAAAAAUUACCGAGUGGUUGCCAGCGAUCUCCGUCACCUUUCAAAUCAUUCUUCAUCCGAAUGGGUUCUACCGGAAUGCUUAAUUCGACUAGAACCAAUAAAAGAUCACAAAAUAUCGAAGAUAGACUGAAGAUAUUGGAUAAGGAGAGUUUAUUCAGAAGCUGCAGUACCAGCCAGUUGAACAACAGUCCGACUUACGUGAAGGGCGACGACCCCUCUGAAGGAAUAGACCUGCAGAUAUCAGCGCGAAAAGACAAAACAGUGUCUUGCGACAACCUGGCAUCAGGACAUCGAGGCAACGAGCAAGGUAUUUUCGAGUCUUGCACAAGACGUGACUCUUGUGUCUCCAAUUCCCUUGGAAGUUCUUCGGUGAGUUUCAGCACUUACGAUCUCGGACGAUCAGAGGACGACGAGCCGUCGUCGUGCAUGAGGAAAAGUAGUAGCUGCGAUCUGAAAGAGGCGAGAAAGUCUAGUUUCCCUUACGCUUUUCUGCGAUCGAAGCUUUCCGUGUUGCCCGAGGAGCGUCACGGAUCAUUAGUGUCCAAAGACGAGAGGCUGUUCAAGACGGCCUCGGAGGAGCAUUUCCCGACAUUGAAGAUUGAGGACUCCUACAAUGGCACUACCACUCUUGGCCGCAGAAGAUCGAGAAUCGGAAACGGAAUCGGCCAUGGUAAUCCCGCGAGGGAUCAGGAGACCGCCUCGGGAUUGAGUCGCGCUUCCUACAUGGAAUUCCGGCGUAAUUCCAGCGGAUACGAGACCGACAGGUAUGCCAAUCGCCUCGAACGAAUCGAGUCAAGCAACUUCCAACACAAGAACAUUGCGGCAGGCUGCUACAGUCUGUUCGACAACAGCCUGCUCUCGCUCCGAGAGAACAUCGAGUUUCAGCAGACCAAUGAGUCCGUUCAGGAAAAAUUAAACUUUGCUGCCUCAAGGGUCGAGCCCGGGAUAUCGGACAAUUGCAGUGCAACGGACCUCGAUGUGAUCACCACAAUCAGGAACAAUCGACGGAAUUCCGCAUCGUCCAGCUGCGAGCAGCGGCUGUCUUCGCAUUACGUGAGCUCGAACGAGUCCGGCUAUGAUAGCGAUGGGCCUCGUGGUGAAUUCGUAGCCGUCUCGGAGAACGAGGGCUCCAGUCUGAAGUGUAGUUCCGACACCAGCAGUGUUAUUGACUCGGAAGCGGAGAAGCCCAUAAGGAGCUCCACACCCAGCGAGUGUCAGGACGCUCGAGACAUUCGGGAUUCUAGCAAGAUAAUCAGAAGGAAUUCCGACACGAUUGACGAGAAUCGAUCGGAUGCGGUAUCCUUGAUGAAUAUCGAAGGGAUCGACGGCCUCAGGUGGCACCGCAGCGGCUCCGGCAGGAUGUUGCCCAGCAUUCACGGAACGUCCUUUGACGAGGACCUGACCAUUGCCAGGUUAGAUAAUCCUGGACUCUCCAGCUGCGACGAUAAAUUGAGCUUUCUAUCAGGUGUGUCCAAGAUAUUGGAUGUGUCGCCUCAUCGCAUGAGGCUGCAACAGGAUAAGACGAGGUUCCUAAGCGACAUUAUUCAGCCGUUUACGAGGGUGCGCCGGUGUUGCGUGAUACAGUUACACAAGAGAGAUCCCAAGGAGAGUCUGGGGAUUCGACUGGCGCAGCAGAGACUAGGAGACCCGCGGUACAUCAUCGUGCAAUUGGAAAGUGACGGCAUCGCUCAUAGGGACGGCAGACUGAGGUUGGGAGACGAAAUCGUCGAGGUCGAAGGCAAAGAGUUGAAGACGCUCGAAAAUCUCGAGGAGGUUCAAGAGUUCCUGAGAUCCUUCACUGGUAAUAUCAUACGUUUGACCACGGCUUACGAAGAGAUAGUGCCGCAAAUGUACGACAACAAUCCGCCGUCCACCUUAUCCAGCGAGUACGAAUAUAUGGAAAAUGCGAAAAAUCUCUCAAAUAUGUCGCUGAUUGACGCCGAAACGAAUCACACUUCGUCCGUCGAAAGGAAAGCGGCCGACAGUUGCGAGCAAGUCGAACCUGUUCAGCUAAGAAAAAGGCCUGAUUUCCUGCCGCUCUCGCGUUUAUCCAAAAAUCAAAAAGACACCAACAGCAAUUCCGGGGAGCCCACGACUGAAUCACAACAUUAUCUGACGAAACACGUGGCUAGGUUCGAAAAGGGCUACGGCAAGCCCAGUCUGGGUUUCAGUGUCGUCGGUGGCCGAGAUAGUCCGAGAGGUGACAUGGGGAUCUUUGUUAGAAGAAUUUUUCCUGGUGGCCAAGCUGACAUUUCUAGGUCAUUGUUUCAAGGUGAUGAAAUUUUGAGUUUAAACGGAAAAGUCCUGAAGGGUCGUACGCAUCAGGAAGUCAUUGAGUUAUUUAAGACGGUGAGAGAAGGUAUUGUCGAAUUGGAAAUUACGAGGAGACACAGAUAUCCUAGAAGCACCUUAAAAAGUGCGCCGUAUUAGAGAGUAUUAACCAGGAGGAAACUACCCACCGGAAGUGCUCCUUAGAUGUAGAUCGAAUCUAUUAUUGUUCACGGCAAACGGCGCUUUAGGAUUCUAGUCUAUCAGAAGAAAUCAAUGACUUUCGACGAUUCUUUUUUUUCCUCCUUCUUUCUCGUAACUUAUUUCGCGCGGUACUGUGCAACUGCCUAAUUAAUUAAGUUUAUUUUUAUUGUAAUGCAGAGUGGCGUGCGAAAAAAUGGUCUCGCCCGUUAUUACCCUGCGUAUGUGGGUGUAGCAUUAUUUUGUUACUCUUUUGUUACUAAAAACUUUAUCAUCCGGGCUAUUUUCUCGCGUGCCACUCUGCAGUAUUUAUAAUUGGUACUGUAACUCCCACUAUAUUACAUUAUCAUGUAUCUUUAAAUUAAGACUUCAUACGAAUAACGUUACGAGACAGAGUGGAAUCCAUUGUAUGCAUUUUCUUAAUUGUAACCGAUAAUGAGGAUGUAUUAUACUUCGCGGUUACCGUAUAUUUCACAUUAUUACUAAUUAUAAUUGUUAUUAAAUAAUUGUUUUAUUUCCAGCGAGUUUUGAUAAUGUACACUAUAUACAUGAUUCAUAUUUAUA